AUGGACAUUAUUGAACAAUUUAAAAAUAAAGAAACUAUUGAUUUCAUUAAUAUCAUUGAGAGUUUAAAGUUAUUAAAUUUAUCAUUAAGUUUAUCAGAAAAUUUAAAAUGUCAAACUAUUUGUAAUGUACUAAAAUUGAAAUUUUUAAAAGUUGGUUAUAACUUUUUUUCAUUGUUUGAUACCUUCAAGUUUAAAAGUAGAGAAACAAAUUCAUUAAUUGCUGGUAUGAAAGGAAUUAUUGAAGCUGUUGAAGAGGAAUCAAAUAGUUUAGAAAAUGUUUUAUUGAAUAAAAAUAUUUCAUUGGAUUCAAUUUCAAAUAGUGUUAACCUUUUGAUUUCUUGUAGUAAUGAAACCUUUGAAAUUAAUAAAGAAUUUAAUGAAUCAUUAGUAAAAGCAAUAUCAUUGAUUAAAAAUGAAAAAAGUUGUAUCAAAAAUCAAAUUUUUAAAAUUCAAUUAGAGAUAAAUUCAAUUGAGAAAGAAGAAAAUAAAAAAUGUAUAAAGUCUAUACUUUAUCCAUUUUUUAUUAGAGGCAACCAAUUCUAUUUAAGUCAAUUAAAAAAUGAAAAAAAUGAAAAAGAAAUUUUCAUUGAAAAUAUUCAAAUUGUAGUCAAAAAUUUAAAACAAAUUAAAAAAAAUAAUAAUUCCAAUAUAAAUUUCAUUGAAAAUGUAAAAAAUAUUUGGUCAAUAAUCUACCAAGAUUUUCAAAAUCUUUCAAAAAUUUCUUCAAAACAAUUAUUUCUAUCAGAAACAAAAACAAUCCUUUUAAAAUUUGAAAAGUUAAGACAAGAAUUAAACACCAUAUUAGUUGAAGUAAAAAAAUUAGAGAAUGAAUUUAAAAUCAUUUAA